UUAAGUGUUAUUUUAAGAUCUGAUGGAAAUGUUUCUUGGGCGUCAAUACGUCUUUCGGUUACAGUAUGAAUAACAAUAACACAAUUUAAUGAUCAGAUUUAUGUGUAAAAUGUCAGAAGACGACAGCUACGAAGGUAUCAUUGAGGCAGAUUUAGGACUGGGAGACGGACUUAAACCCGGCGGUAUAAAAAUAGAUUCGGUAAAUUCACAAAAACGUUCAGAUAUUAUCGGAAGUUUAAAAUGUAAUCAAUGUUCGGAUGUUGAUUUCGGACAGACAGAUCACGAUAAGAAAGACAGCGACGAAGAGUAUCAGAUGUGUCUAAUGCCCAUUCAGGCAAUAAUGGAUCUCAAGUCUCAAUAUUCACACCUAGUACCAAAAGGAUCGCGUUGUACAGAGACAAAGUAUUGUGAUUCGGAUAAUAUGUUGUAUGAUGGAAGAUAUUUAUAUGGCACAAAGCAAUCUAUUGAAAAUGUUGUUGAUAAAGCGUGUAAAAAAUGUAGUGAUGAUUCAAGCAAUGAAUCAGUAUUUCCUGUAUAUGCGGAUGUCCCCUAUGGAACAUCAAUACGCCAGCAAAAGGAAUUGUUCAAGCACAAUCUAGAGGCAAUACAACGAAAGAAAUGUCAAAUUUAUAUUGCAGCCAAACAUCAACCUGUGGAUAAAGGUUUAAUUGAUGAUUCUCCAAAACCACUUACUUCAUCUGAGGAGAUUGCGAUGGAACUUGCUGCAAAACUGCAGGAAGUUGACGAUUUGAAACUUGAACUUGAGACCUGUGAACAGCGACUUGAAUCCAAGUAUCAAGCUAUUGAAAUACUAAGAAAGCAGGCAGAAGAGGCACAGCACAGGUUUAAGGUUAGAGAAUGUUCUACGCGUGAAGCAACCAUGAAACUAGCACAGGUUAGUCUAGCCGCUGGUGGUGGUGAUACUAGAGUGGUCUCUCUUGGGCCAGAUGACCUUGAUUUAGGAGAUUUGACCUCUAGCUCUAUACCCCGUUACCAUGGCAGUUGGAAUGUCUCAGAGAGAAAAAACAAGAAUGUUUCUUAUGAGGUGUAUAAAAGGAUGUGCCAGGAAAACAUGACCCUUCAAGACAGUCUACAUCUCAGAACAGAACAGCUAAGAAAGGUCACCUCACAGAAAAUGGCUGUGGAGCGAGAGAAUGAUGAGUUACUGGCCCUGCUGGACAUUCAGGAGAGGGCCAAGUACGAGCUGACAAGGAGCAGCUCCACCGAGGAGAUGUACAGCUCCUACUCCAGCACUCAGCUGGCAGUGCUAGGCGCGUGCAGGUGUCGUGUGUCCACCCCAGACCCAUGUGGCUGUGCCCUGGCAGCGGCCAACCUCAAGAAGGAUAUCAUCAACAUGAAGCAGGAGUUGUGCCAGUACAAGACACGUCGUGACGAGGCUUACCACACGGUGGAUGCCUACAGACAGGCCUUUGAGGAGCAGCUGCAGAAGAACAAGGCUCUCACCACACAGCUGGCCAACAUCGGGUCGGGGAGGUCACCCACUGGGACCAUCACAGCAAAGUCUCGCGCUAAACUCGCCCUGCACUGGCUGAUUGGCAGUCUCAAUGAUGAAGAGUUAACAGAAGAGGAAGGUCCUGGCUGCAACAUGACAGAAUAUGAACUGAUAACCUACCUUACUGAUAUGCUGAAUGAGAAAAAAGAAGUUUUGGCUCAUCAAAAACUAGCUACACAGAUACUUGCAGAUCGUGUAAAGACUCUUGAAAGUCAGCUGGCAGUGUUUGAAAAAGACGGCAGUAAGGUUGUGUUGUAAUGUCUGACAUUUCAGUGGAAUAAGAAAGUGCAAAAUAUGGGAGUCAGAAAUGUACCAACAUGGAGUGUUAUCUCAUAUUGUAAAAGUUAUGCAACUAUGAUACAGCGUAGACACAGAGAUAACUUCAAAAUACUCAGGGAUGUGUUUUGUUUGGAUCUUUUCAGAACAUUGAUGAAAAAACAGCUUGUGGAUGAAAACAGGUGUAUUUACACUAUGAAAUACAUGUAUAGCAAUCACACGCAGUAUAAUGACGAAUAGGUUCAGAAUCACAUACAGCAUUAUGACGUCAUAUGUUCAGAAUCACAUACAGCAUUAUGACGUCAUACGUUCAGAUUCAGAUACAACAUUAUAAUGUCAUAUGUUUAGAAUCACAUACAGCAUUAUGACGUCAUAUGUUUAGAAUCACAUACAGCAUUAUGACGUCAUUUGUUUAGAAUCACAUACAUCAUUAUGACGUCAUAUUUUUAGAAUCACAUACAGCAUUAUGACGUCAUAUGUUUAGAAUCACAUACAGCAUUAUGACGUCAUAUGUUCAGAAUCACAUACAGCAUUAUGACGUUAUCUGUUCAUUGACAGUAGGUUGUGCAUGUUAUUUAAUUCAUUUAAUAAAGAACUGCAAGAAGGUGUAACUUUCUUAGAUAAAUAGAAUUCGUAUUACGGUUAGCAAAAAUAGAUAAAAAGGUUUAUUUCCAAAGCCAGCUAAUGCUCAUGUUUCUCAAUUUCAAUAAGUUGCUCAAUAAUCAGGAUCGUAUUUCAACACUUACUUAGUAUUCUUUAAGUUUCCCCGGUUAGUUAAACUCCACAAUAUGUUAUCCAAUCAUACAUUACAAAUUUGUAUCUGUACAUUAUUUGAGCCAAAUUGAAGAAAUUGACUUUAAGAAAUGUAUUAAACAAUAUGUGUAUUGAUAUUGUGUAAAUAGGAUGUGACACGUGGAUUUAUGAGGAUGACAUUUCAGCAGGUGUGUGAAUGUGAAUUUUGAUUAAUUGUUACUCUGAAGUAAAUAAAUAGAUUUAAUUACGAUCCAUAGCCAGUAUAUUGUGCCAUGACUUUGUGCCAAACAAUUUAUUAGGAUUGUUUUGUCAUUACCAGGGAAUUGUGCCUUUUGUUUGCAUGUAACAUUUUAAUAGUUGUAAAACAUAAUUGUCUCAUUCGCCAUUGUAUUUACAAUAGUCAAUAUUAAGUGUUAUGAAUUAAAUAUGGAUAAAGUU